GGGGAAUUGGAAGGCCAAAAACAAAAAAAAGAAAGGCUUUUUCUUCACUCAGUCUCUUUCCAGCCCCUUUGACUCCAUCUCACCACCAUCUUUGCCGAUCAUCACUCUCAUCACCAUCACCCUCAUCAAUCACCAAGCAGCCAAAAAGAAAGAGAAACGAGGAGGAAGGUGGGGGGAACGCCGGAUCUUCCUGAUUUUUUGACAUCAGAGAACACUCUCUCUUUCCCUACUCUUGGCUUUCCUUCUUUCCUUUCCGCUUUACCUCGGUUUUCUUCCUCUGGAUAUUUUGCAGAUCUGAGUUUGGGGAGAAGAGGAAGUCAGCCAAACUUCCUCUCAGGGGGCAACCACCGAAAAUCUCUCCCUUCUCUUGGAUCUCUGUGUUUUUCUUGCUAAAACACUACUCCACCUCCAAUUAUCCGAUCAUUCUUUCGAUCUCAUCAUCAUCAUAACCAUCAAUCAGUCACCACUAAACAAGGGCGGCAACCAGAGGGAAGGAGUGUUUGAGAUCUGGUUUUGAAAGGAAGAAGUAGAUCGAUUCUGCUUGCUGGAGGCGGAAAAACAAAGAGGGAAAGGGGGCAGCUUGUUCUUGCUUUAGCCUGCAGGAAAUUCAAAUGCUUCUGAUGACAGACAUUCCAGAGAUCCUUGAAAUUAAAAUAAUUCAAACAGGGGACUAGAGGGUGUCACUGCUGUGAAUUCAAGUAGCUUUGGAGCAAUGGGAACCCCAUUUGAGCAAGCAGAGGAGUUAGAAAAAGAGAGGAAGAACUGGAUGGAGUUGGGGCAAAAGCCUGCAACUGCUUACACUACUCCAACUCAUCCCCCAAUUGGUGGGUUUAUGGCUGCGGCUUGCCAGAAUUACUGCUAGUCAGCAGCUGCACUGGCUACUCAAGAAUCUGUGUUCUCAACCAACGAAGGGAAGCUCCUCAGGAUAAGGAGGCCUCAACCUCAUCAUGGGCACCUCCGCUGUUGGAGCUGACCCUACGUCCCCACAAAUGGGCCUGGAUUCCACCCCUAUGCCACACAUUAUGUGCAUGUUUUCAAAAGUUCACAAGGAUGGAACAUGCGAAUUAUUGGACAUGGAUGCUUUUCUUUAACUAGUGGGACUUGAACUGUCGACAGGAAAUUUAGCAGGUAUGGAUAUGAUCCUCAAAUGUUUCCUCCAAUUGUGGGGUAGAAUUGCAGUCCAGCACUACAUGUACUACGCCAUUGACUGCGGGUGCCAUGAAUUCUACUGCAAGUGGUGGAGAUUAGUGAGUUAUUUCAGGAUUGAGUUUGCUGCGUCUUAAUUUUUCUUUUUCUUUUUUGCUACUGUCUUGCCAUAUAAGGAGGAACUACUGCUGCCAUUGGAUCCUCUGGUGUCCUACCACCUAGUCCUCACCACACAAUAAAAAAUUUUAACUUUACCUUGAUCCCACUUCUACCUACUUUCUUCCAAGACAUUUCAAAUGGAUGAUGCAGCUUUUAUGUUUAUGUUGGUUUAUUGUAGCCGUGGAUUAUGUUGGUGCAGCUAUUUAGAAUGAUAUGAGCUUAAUUACAUGAACACUAAUUAUGUGGUUGUGUUGAAUGGGAUAUUUGAACUUGAUGUUAAUUAUAUAAACUACAAGGCACAACCAUAUAAUUAGUCUGGUGGGAUCACCAGCGGAUCCAGUGGCAGCAGUAGUUCCUCCUUGCAUGGCAAGACAGUCCUGAUGAGGCUCUGUAGGAGAGACAAUAGGAUCAUAUAAUACCAAGUUACUAACUCCAGAUGUAAGCCAAAAAAAAGAGAAAAAUUAAGACACAGCAAACUCAGUGCUGAAAUAACUCACAACCUCUACUGCUUGCAGAAGAAUUUAUGGCACUUGCAGCCAAUGGCGUAGUACACGUAGUGCUGGACUGGAAUUCUAUUGCACUGUGCACAGUAUAGUUGAGUGAUAUUACUUAAGAGUGUUUUUUAAAGGUUUGCCUUUACCUUAUCCCACUUUUAUGUAUUUUCUUAUGGGACUUGCAUGUCACAUGGAUGAUGCACAUUUUAUGUUCAUGGCAGCUUAUCAUACCUUUGGAUUAAUUAUGUUGGUGCAGCCGUUCUUUAGAAUGAUAUU